CUAGGGGAUGAGCCCUCAGCAGAGCGGUGGUCUGAAUUUCUGUGGAAUCUCGCAGGAACGUGCUCUCGCUGUGCAAGGAGUUGCAGCUCGGAGAUGCUUAAUUACUGCGGAACUUACCUUAUGGAAAAGAUGGUGAAAACUGAAGCGUCAGUCAUGCAUUACUGAGUGAAGUUCUGACUUUUGGAUAAAGUCUCCGAAAUUUUCAACUGAACUCUCACCUAUCAACACUGGCAAAUAUUCACAAGAUUUACCACACCCUCAAUAGGCUGCUGUUGCUGGAACUAUGCAUACAGCUUCUGGCUGUACACUGCAGAUCUAGUGGAAAAGGCACUGUCCAAAAAAAGGGAAUCUGACGGAGGACGUUGGUCAAGACGAGCACCAGACAGGAAGUCUUCGAUCUUGCAGUUCAUCAGACUGCUUUAGUAAAGUGAUGCCUCCAAGGAAAAAGAGGAGACCUGCAGCAGGAGAUGAUUUAUCUGCUAAGAAAAGUAGACAUGAUGGUAUGUAUAGAAAAUACGAUUCAACUAGAAUAAAAGCAGAGGAAGAAGUCUUUUCAAGUAAGAGAUGCUUAGAAUGGUUCUAUGAAUAUGCAGGCACUGAUGACGUUGUAGGACCAGAAGGUAUGGAGAAAUUUUGUGAAGACAUUGGAGUUGAACCAGAAAAUGUAGUUAUGCUUGUACUAGCAUGGAAGUUGGAUGCACAGAACAUGGGUUACUUUACAUUACAGGAAUGGUUGAAAGGAAUGACAUCACUACAAUGUGAUACCACAGAAAAAUUGAGGAACUCUUUGGAUUACUUGAGGUCUUUGUUAAAUGAGCCUACCAAUUUUAAACUUAUUUAUAGAUAUGCAUUUGACUUUGCAAGGGAAAAGGACCAGCGCAGCCUAGAUAUCAAUACUGCCAAGUGUAUGUUGGGGCUUCUUUUAGGAAAAACAUGGUCUCUUUUUCCAGUAUUUCACCAGUUUCUAGAGCAGCAAUCGAAAUACAAAGUCAUCAAUAAGGACCAAUGGUGUAACGUGCUUGAAUUCAGCAGAACAAUUAACCUUGACCUCAGUAAUUAUGAUGAAGAUGGAGCCUGGCCAGUGUUGCUGGAUGAGUUUGUGGAAUGGUAUAAAGGAAGACAGAUGACAUAGGAGUUUAACUAUGCACAGCCACUCAAGAGUCACUGUUACCACAGUUAUGUCAACCAUUAGCCAUAAACUGCUGUUUGUAUCGAAGUGCAUGCUGCUUUUCUUGCACUGUAUCCCUCUUGCAGGGAACUUUUGGUGUUUGCUAUUUAACAAGCCAGCUAUGCUUGCUGUGUAGCAUUGUUCUCUUUGAAGGCUGCUUUGCAUUCUGUAUUUACACUACAAAAUAGUGAACUUGCCAGCGUCUUCACUGUGAUUAUGUGUAUAUUGCUGUCUAAAUUUUGUAUAUGUAUAUAAAAAAAAGCUUCACCUAGGGAUUAUUUCAGCAGAAAUGUAUUGUAAAAAUUAAUUUUGUGGCAUAUUUCUAAUCACUUAUGUGUUCAUUGAAACUUCAGUUAUUUUGUUUUUCUUUUGGUCUCAAAUGUAGCAUUUCAGAAAAUGAAAUGGGACAGACUGCUUGGACAUAGUUACCAUGAAGAACUAUUGUCAGUUUUAAUGUUACUGUUUGAGAUGCCAGUUUCUGAGGGGAGAAGAUUUGCUGUGACUUUCUUCAGGGGAAUUCGCCAAACACGACCUUUUGCUUAAUAGGAAUGAAACGUCAGUGUCUUAAAAGUUAUAUACACACACACACGUAUAUAUAUAUAUGUAAAAACACUGUAAUAGUUGUACAUGCCACAGAUGAUUUCUAUUUGAAGAAGAAAGUACUGACUUUUUAAUGUUAAAACCGCAGUAGUUUCAUUACAGGUACAAAUGAACAAAUUAAAGUACCUUUUAAAAAUGGA